AUGCUGCGUCUGACACGCGGGGCCCUCGCGCGCGUCUGGAGCCGGAUUCUAGACAAGAGCAACAUGCCAACUGCCGAGCGACUAGCUGACAUUGGCUACAAGACUUUCUCCACCUCCAUGAUGCUCCUCGCUGUGUAUGGGGGCUACCUCUGCGGUACCCGAGCCUACAGCUAUUUCCAGCGGCGCCGCUCCCAGCUGCAGGCUGCAGAAGAACAGAAGACCUCUGGAGUCCUGUAG